UAUCGCGAGAUCCGCCAAAUUACUUUACCAGGUGAGCUGCUUCGGGUUCUAGAGACCACGUGAGCAACAGUUUGCGCUGAUGAAGCAGCAGCAGCAGCAGUACCCACUACGCAUACGAAAAAUGCCGAUUAACAACAACCAGAAGGUGCAGAGUGCUGCUGCCAGGCUGGCCAAGCUGCCCGUGGUUCGCUCAGCUUGCACCAAGCUGUCCGUCUUGUACAUCGACACUAAACGCAGCCACCCCAGUCUGAGGUCGGUGUGUGACGCGGUGGAGAGCCGUGUGACGGCCGUGGUGGCCCCCGUCAUGGUGAAACUGGAGCCUCAGAUUUCCAUUGCAAAUGGCGUUGCAUGUAAGAGUCUGGACUGGCUGGAGACUGCAUUCCCAGUAAUUAACACACCAACAGAGCAGAUCAUUGCCACCGCCAAGAACAAGAUGCUUGAGAUCCAGGCCGUGGUGAGCAUUGCAGCCUACGGCACCAGGGACUGUGUAGAGUACACGGUAGCAUGGGUGACCGGCAGCACGCAGCCGGCUGGUGACCAGGCCGGCCGGCCCCUUGCAAAGAGACCCACCAGGUUGGGAAAGGACUCUGCCCGAAUGGUGCGGGGGCCUCUGGCCGCUGAGGAAGACGCAGAGGAAAAAGCCCAUUUGGUGGAAGCCGAUCUCUGGAGAGGAUGCACCGUGCGGCUGGUUUCACUCGUCGCCAAGCUGUGUAGGACGACGUACCACGUGGUCGGCUCCAAAAUGCACUGUGCUCAGAUCAGUGAGAAUUUGUGCAGGUCUAAAGGUCUGGUCCAGGAUCUUCAGACAGGCUGGAUGGCCGUGACCUGCAGCCUUCAAGUGCUGCCUCAGUACGUGCAGCAUCAGCUUGUGUCUGCGUUCUUCUUCAUUGCUGAGAUGUACAAGUUAAGCUGCCCUGAACCCAAACGCAGGUCUCACAGGCCUAGAAGUGUCCCCAAGGCUGCAGAGGUCCAGGUUUACCCACAAGCUAAGACGCCCUGCAGAAUGAGGUGGCAAGCAAAGACUCCUGGGUUUGAUGUUCUAGGAUGUUGAUUUAUAAUUUACUGGAGUUGGAACAUAAUAAAACGAGUUAAAGAAUUUGGUUCUUUUGUCCUUG